GUCUAGUGCCCAUUUCCUCCCCUUCGUCCUGUAAGACUCAGUACCGUUAUUAGUUGUAUUAUGAACUGUAGCAAUUAAUGCCCUCGUUUGUUGGCAGGGCUCAUGGCGGGCGGCCCUUCACCAUCUUCUGCGUAUCCCUCGUCUGCUGCGCAAUCGGUAUAUCUUGGUCCUGGUGCGGGAGCGACAAGUUCAUUCUCUUCGACUUAUCAUUUCAAUGUGAACUACAUUGACGACGAACACGAGCUGCCGCCUCCGACAGGUCCAAGGAUCCCCCCGAUGAUGAGUGGCAACCUCUAUGAAGUGAACACCAUCCCGGACGACCAGCGUGAUCUGUUGACCCAUUAUCUGUACAAUGUGCUGCCCAUCCAGUACUUGCUCGCCGACUCGUCUAUCAAAAGCUUUAUGCUCCGGCUGCUCCAGCAUAGUGCGCCCGCGCGUGAUGCUGCGUGCGUACUCUCUGCCUUCCACAUGCACAGCGCCCGCUUCCCGCUGCGAACGCACUCGGCAGAUAUGGACGCGAUCUACCAGAGGAUUGAACGUUCCUUGUCAUCAAAACACUCGUACUCGGAGGGGGACGCCAUGGCCGGCCUGCACAUCGUCUCUGCUUUCCUGUUCAGAGGCGGCCGCGGGCAGUGGGCCGCAUACCUGAACAUCGCGAGUCAAUACGUGGACUCGAUGCUCAACAGUCCGAACUUCUACGGGCCCGAGGACGUGCUGAAGAAAUGCUCGGACAGCACGCGGUUCAUCAUCAAAACGACGAUGUGGUUCGACGUGCUCGCGUCGGUGACGACGCUGCAGGUGCCGCGCUUCCUGGAGACGUACCGCCUCCUGUUCGGGCGCACGACGGCGUACAUCGACGACCCAGUGUCGACCUCGCCCGAGGUCUCGAUGCUGCCCGUGAUGGGCUGCGAGAACCAGAUCGUGCUCGCGCUCGCGGAGAUCUCGAACCUCGCGCACUGGAAGGAGAGCCAGAGGCGGCGUGGGAGCCUCAGCGUGCCGCAGCUCGUCGAGCGCGGGCUCGAGAUCGACAGCAAGUACCUCGCGACUGCUCCCGGGGCGUAUGGGCCCCGCGGGUUCGACCCGACGACGACGGACCCAGAGGUCGCGGCGCGCCGUCGGCUGACGAACGACAUCUUCCGCGCGUCCGCGCGCGUGUACCUGCAUACCGUGCUCUCGGGCGAUCACCCUGCGUGUCCGGAGAUCUUGACGAGCGUGGCGGAGACGAUCGAGUGUCUGCGGCGCGUGCCGCAGGACAAUCCGACGAUGUCGCGUUCGGUGCUGCGCAGCGUGGUGUUUAGCAUCUGCAUCGCGGGCUGCCUGACGGACGAUCAUCGUCAUCGGAUGUUCCUCACGCAGCUGCUCGAGUCGCAGCAGUCGAGGCAGAGCGAUAACGUCGGGAACAUCUCCGAGGUAAGGGCGCUCAUGGAGAAGGUGUGGUUGCGCCGCGAUAGCACCCAAGGCCAGCCGGUCAACUGGCGCGAUGUCAUGCGCGAGGAGUCGCAGAACGACCUUUUGCUGCUUGUAUAGAAUCUUUUCUUCUUCUUUAUUCUCGCUCUCUUCUUGCUUUCUUCGCUGUUGCUAUGCACUCUAUCCUCCACUCUCGCUUUCAGGCCAUCCACUUUCUCUCAAGCGCGACGCACGUGUACAGGGAUUCUUCGCUCCCGCGCUCCCAUUGGUCGUGUACGUCUUUCUUCCUUGCCGUUUCGUCGGAUCUCGGGCUUGUAAGUUUCCCAUGUUUCCAUUCCGCUCAAGCUGUCGUCUAAUAAAACUCAU